AGAUCAGGCAGUGAUAAGUUUGAGACACGGAGGUGGCGGCGGCCAGACUGGCCCCAGGUUCUUCACGCUUCGCUUCAAAUCCUCCUCCUCUUCUUCAUCCCAGAUUCUGCGUUCGGUAUCCAAGGUUUUUUUACUCAACCCAUUUCCUUAGGUUGCAAAUGUCCCUGAGGAUAUUUUGAAGAUGAAAGGAGAAAUUGAGUCUGAGUUUGCCGGUGACAGUCUUACCAGGGGUCAUGCUGAUGGCAAUGUAUGAGUUGCUCUGUAUUUUGAGGGCAGAAAUCAGGGAGAUGACUGCCCCUGUGCAAGAAAUGGAAAGAAGGGAUAAAGAACGAAUUGUCAAGCUGAGAACUCUGGGCAACAUUUGCUUUAUUGGGGAGCUGUUGAAGCAGAAGAUGGUACCUGAAAAGAUAGUCCUCCAUAUUGUUCAAGUCCCUCAUGGCAUUCAAUCAUUUGGUAUGAUUUUCUCUUUUGCCAUUAGACUUGCCUGUCAACUCUGCUUUUGUGGUAUGGGAGCUUAAUGCAUGCCGUGCUGAGUAGAAUGUGGAUGCCAUAUGUCAGUUUUUUAACUCUAUGGGGAAGCAGCUGGAUGAGCACCCAAAAUCUUGAGGAAUCAAUUACAUGUACUUUAACAGUGCCCCACCACAAAGAGGUUAAAGUAAAGACUAUUGCUGAAAUUCAUUCAGAAGCAGAAAAGACUCUUGGUCUUCGACCAGUUGCAACUGCAAACAUUAGAAAUGGUCAUAAUGCUGGGGCUCUCAGGGUUAUGUCCCCUGGGGGUUUCCCUGUUACAAGAACUGGCUCUGGGGGCGUGAUGCCUGGGAUGCCUGGAACCAGGAAGAUGCAGGGAAUACCUGGGUGUGAUGCUAAUGACUGGGAGGUUCCUCCGUCUCAAUCAAUGCCAAGGGGCAGUGGUUCAGGUCCUGUGAAGUCUGUUGUGCAAGUUCAGCAACCUUUACUAGGCAAAUCGCCAUCACUGACUUCAAAGUUUCUGCCUCAAGGCAGUGGUGGGUUAAUAGCUGGUAAAACAAGUGCAUUAUUGCAUGGUGGUGGUGCACCUCCAGCCCACCCUUCAAGUAUUGAACCAGUAGACCACAAGCCUGUUGUGUCAGCUGCAGUUGCAGUGAGUUCUCCUGAAAAGACACUGGGUCCCACCACAAAAUUAAAUCUUUUAGAUCUUCAAAGGAAGGUUAAAUCUCUGCUAGAGGAAUAUUUCAGCAUCCGACUGCUUGAUGAAGCUCAACAGUGCAUUGAGGAGCUCAAAGCCCCAGCUUUCCAUCUUGAAGUUGUUAAAGAAGCUGUUGCCCUUGCUCUGGAAAAGAUUCCAUCAUGCUUGGAACUGGUGAUAAAGCUUAUUAAUUUCAUACUAAGCCAGAAUGUCUUCACUAGCAAGGAUAUAGGAACUGGUUGUCUUCUAUAUGGCUCAUUGUUGGAUGACAUUGGCAUUGAUCUACCAAAAGCACCAAAUAACUAGAGUGAGAUUCUCAGGCAGUUGGCUGCAGCUGGUGGUUUAGACUUGAAGGUUGUUAAGGCAAUUCUGUCAAAGGUGGAAGACAAUUAUUUCGAGAAAUCCAUCUUUAGUGCUACCUUGAGAAGCAUUAGUUCUAACCCUUCGGGGCAAGAAGUAUUGGCCGCUGCAGCAAGUGGAGAUACAGGCUUGUGAAAGUUUCCUUUCUUAGUUCAAGACUCUUGCUGUCAUCUGCAUUAGGCCAUCUGGAAUCAGUUCUCUCUAGUCAGGGAUCAAACAGGUCCAUGAGAGUUUUACCUUCUGUAAAUUUUUUUGUCAAGCAAUAAACAUAGAGUUAUCAUGUUUGUUUAUUAUUAUUAUUUUUUUAUCCUUUUUUUUUUAGACCUAGCAAGAAGCCAAGAACAAUUGUGAGCCCCCAGUUUUCGUCAUGGAUGAUGUUACUAUCAUUUUGUCUUCACCUUCAUCCUGUCUUCACCUUAUCUGUUAUGUCUAUAUUUGAUUUUCUUCUCACCAUUUGUUACUCCUAGUGCUCUUUCUU